AUGUACAAAAUCACCAAAGAUGAACCAAAGAUCAAUGAGUUACUAUUUCUGAAAGAUAAACGAAAAAUGGUUAACAGUUCAACAACAAUAUACCAAGGUAAAGAUUUUGACAUAUUUGGAAAAGAGCCUUUGGAGGAGUCACAUCCACUUUAUUCCUUGGAACACGACACACUACCAAGAACAGAAUUUAAAAGAGGUCAAAUAGAAGACUUAUCGGAUAUAAUUAAAAAGAGAAGAACCGAUGUUGCCGCAGAUGGUAUAUUUAUCGCUACAAAGAUUGCUGAAAAUGCCCCUAUUGCGAGUAUCUUUGUCACUAAAAAUGAUGCUGAUAACGAUGAUGAUGAUUUAGCGUACUAUUAG